AUGGGAUAUAUUUUAGACGACUGCCCGCAGGUGCAGGAUUGCUGCUGCUGCGUCCCGUUAAGGCACGGAGCGAUCACCGUUGGGAUAUUGGGUCUGCUUUUAUCUGCAAUGUUUUUCUACGGUUUUACGAGCCACGGCAUGGCGCGAGCCGAAGAGCGAGGCCUGCCCAGGUCGCUCAAUAAGAUAAUGCGGUAUUUCAGCGGCAUUUCAGGAGUACUGCUGGCAGCCGUGCACGUUCUCCUUAUCUUUGCUGGAGUUUACGAAAGUGACUCUCUUUGUGAAGUGUACAUUUGGUUCAUGGUGUUCUUCUGGGUGAUUUUGGUGAUCGUCGCGGCCGCAGUGUGCGUGUGUGCAGUGUUGGAUGACAAUAUUUUGUUCGCCUGUCUAUUUCUUUUGGGUGUAGCCGUUUUUAUAUUGGUGUCGUUUUAUUUCUUGCUUGUCGUUGCGAAUUUUAGAAUGACGUUACCGUAA